AUGAACGAUGAUCUUGUUAGUUUUUUUGGACGUUCUAACCAAUGGAACCCGGAUGACAGAAAACGUAUUCUCGCAGAUAUAGGAAAUUUAGCAAAUUCUUAUAAUUUAACAUCUCGUAUUACCACAUGGGGAUUUACACAGCAAAGUAAAUUAUGUAUUUAUGGUGGAUUACCUAUAACUAUUGAAGAUAAAGAAAACCCUUUAACUGAUAACAACUUAAAGCAAACACAACCAGGUUCCUAUAUAUUACCUAUUCAAAUAUGGUUAACACAUCAGUACCCUAUUGAACCACCACUAAUAUUUCUUCUUAGUACAGAACAAGGUUGUAAAGUUUCUAGUAAUCAUAGAUAUGUAGAUGCCACAGGACGCUGUCAUAUACCAGAACUUGCGGCAUGGCAACCAGGAACCUCUACUCUUUCUGCUGUUAUUAAAGAAUUAGAAUAUUUACUCGAAAAAGAAGGUGUUUCUCCACUUUGUAUAGAUUCUGAGGAUCCAUCAUCACCACUAAUAGAUUCUUUGGUGAUACCAGCACCAUCACCACACGGAAAAAUACGACCAACAACUCCAGAAAGUUCUUUGACAGAAUGUGAAGAAUCUGAUAAUUGUGUGGUAUGUUUUGGACCUAAAGAUACUGUACUAGUACCAUGUGGUCAUUAUUGCUUAUGUGGAGCAUGUGCAACAAAUGUACCUCAAUGCCCUCUUUGUCGUCAAUCCAUUAAAUUUCGUCAAAGAAUUUUUACGUGA